UUUACUUUAGAUUAUUAUUACCAUUACUACUGCAUUUUUUUUAUGGCGCGCAAAAAUGGAGAUCAGAAAAAAGAAAGAAAAACAGUGUUUGGUGGCUGAUUUAAUGAAUUAAAAGAAGGAACCUGGAAUCCGAAUUUACAACUGGCAACUCUUUUUGACCCGAAACUUGUUCCUUUGCUGUAGCUUCUAAAGAAAGGGAAAAAAAUGUUUUCCUGCAUUUUCCUUUUACUUUCUCAGCAUUCAAUCAAGUGCAUAUGAGAAACAGUCACAUCUCUCUUCCUUUCUUCUUUUUUCUUUUCUCUGAUAUGUGAUGUUAUUUACUACUGAAAAUCAGAAAGCUUCUGUUCAAGUGGUUUUCCAAUGGGUCAAGACUUUAGAUACCAGUGCCCAGUGGAAACCUGGAGAUUGCUGUGGUUUUUGGGAAUCAUGUUUGUUGUGAUAAUGGCAUUCCAGCAUUUUGAAUUGCCGUCUGGCUAUAUUCUGUCAUCUAUAUCUUCUGUUCAUUCAAAUCAAAUAGCUGAAAAUGGUAGUGUCUCAACUAUUGGUGCAUUAUCAAAACCUGAAAUAGUUAGUAACAUGACUCAUUUAAAUGCUGUGAACCCUAAAGAUGCUGAUGAUUCUCAUGGUCAUGGAAGAGAAAAGCAUCCAGAUGUAAAUAAUGAUUUUGCAUCAGACACAAGCGUAGUCUCAAACAAUUCUUCUUUAAUAGAUAACCAUGAUAAGGAAUCUUCAAUUCAGCAGGCAGUUCAACCAACUGUACGCUCUACUGCGGAUCCGCUCAGAACUUCAGGCAAUAGGUAUGUACCAGAAGAAACUGGAUUAUCCAAAAAUCCGAGAAUCUCAGAUUCUGGUAUUGCUCCAUUUAUGCCGGUCUUACCACCAGAGGUUUCAUCAUCUAACAUGACAUUCCCAAUGAAUGUGGAGAGUAACAUGGUAACUCCUGUUGUAGAUGUUGAUUCUAAUACAUCUGCUGUGGAGAAAUAUGAAACACCCAUUUUAGCCAAUCAUGGAAAAUCAGGCGAACUGAAAAAUAAAAUUACCAGAUUGUAUGAUAAUUCUUCUUCAGCCCCUAAUUCUUACUUGAAGAAAACACCAGAAACGCAAACAUCAGGGGUUAUUUCAGUUAUGGAGAUGAACAAUUUAUUGCUCCAGAGUUGGUCUUCUCCUAUGAUGAGAUCACCAAGAUGGGCUUCCCCAGUUGAUCAAGAGUUACUACAGGCAAAAUCGCAGAUUGAGAAUGCUCCCAUUAUAAAAAAUGAUCCAAAACUUUAUGCUCAUCUUUAUUGGAAUCUUUCCAUGUUCAAAAGGAGCUAUGAAAUAAUGGAAGAAAACCUGAAAGUUUAUAUUUAUAAAGAAGGAGAAAAGCCCAUACUACAUCAGCCAGUACUCAAGGGAAUAUAUGCUUCUGAGGGAUGGUUCAUGAAACAGCUGGAAGCCAGCAAAAAGUUCGUUACAAAGAAGUCAAGAAAAGCUCACCUGUUUUACUUGCCGUUUAGUUCCCGAAACUUGGAGUUACAAUUAUAUGUUCCUGAUUCACAUAGUCGUAAGAACCUCAUAAAAUAUUUGAAGAACUACUUGGACUUGAUAGUGGCAAAAUAUCCUUUCUGGAACAGAACUGAAGGAGUGGAUCAUUUCCUUGUUGCUUGUCAUGACUGGGCUGCAUCUGAAACAGAACAGCUUAUGUUCAAUUGCAUUAGAGCCCUCUGCAAUGCUGAUGUUAAAGAGGGUUUUAUUUUUGGCAAAGACGCAUCUCUUCCGGAGACAAAUGUGCGCACACCUCAAAAUCCUCUUAGAGAUCUUGGUGGCAAACCUCCUUCCAAGAGGUCAAUUUUGGCUUUCUUUGCAGGUAGCAUGCAUGGGUAUUUGCGGCCAAUUCUGUUGAAACACUGGGGAAAUAAAGAUCCUGACAUGAAAAUAUUCAGUCAGAUGCCUAAGGCUAGAGGCAAAAUGAACUACGUCCAGCACAUGAAGAGCAGCAGAUACUGUAUCUGUGCAAGAGGUUAUGAAGUCAAUAGUCCGAGAAUUGUGGAGGCCAUUUUAUACGAGUGUGUUCCAGUGAUUAUAUCAGACAAUUAUGUGCCCCCAUUUUUUGAAGUUCUGAACUGGGAAUCCUUUGCUGUUUUUGUGUUGGAGAAAGAUAUUCCGAAUUUGAAGAACAUACUCCUUUCAAUCCCGGAAAAAAGGUAUAGAGAGAUGCAGAUGAGGGUGAAAAUGGUACAGCAGCAUUUCCUUUGGCAUGCUAGACCUGUGAAGUAUGAUCUCUUUCACAUGAUCCUUCACUCAGUCUGGUACAAUAGAGUUUUUCAAAUGCAUCCCAGAUGAAUAAGAAUGAAAUGCAGAAGCAACAUGUCUGUCAGUGUGCACGUAUUUAUUUCAUUGUUUUCUGUACAUAGUUUUGGAGAAAACAUAUAAUAAUUUUGGCAUCUUCUUUUUCUGAACAUACAAUAAUAAACAGGUAAUAAAAUAAUUAAUUUAGGAGAAGACGCAAUUUUCUCCUGCUUUUGGCA